UACCGGCCGGAUCGUCCACGGCACGGCGCGUAAUCGAGAUUGUGUGGCGCAUAAAAGAAAUGAUUAGCGUUGAUUAGUUUGCUUGGCAGCUAUACGAAUGGAGCGAGUGAAACUCCGGCAUCCGUCCUAGAGUGGAACUUGAGAGCAUAUCCCCGCAGCAUCAUCAUCAUCAUCAACGUUAUUUUAGUACCGUCGUCGAUCUCAGCGUGUUACCUCUGUUGUGCCAAGGUCAUCGGACCGCAAAGCAACGCCAUGAACCAAGAAAUUCGUCUUCGAUUGAAACACGUGAUAGCGUUCGUGGCGAUCGUUGUGUUCCUGUUCUUCUACUCACUCACCUCGAACCGGGACUGCGAUGGGGGCCAGCUGGAAGCGGAACAGUGGGUGCAAGCAGAAGCACAAGGUCGUGACGCAUUCCUGCCCAACCGCAAGGGACCCACAAUCUACGCGGUCACUCCGACGUACGCUAGACCGGUGCAGAAGGCCGAACUUACCCGGUUGUCCCACGUCAUUCGACUCGUUCCGUCCGUCUUCUGGGUGGUGGUUGAAGACGCGGACCAUACCUCAACGCUCGUGACGAGCCUGUUGAAGCGAAGUGGACUCGAAAGCCGAAGUGUGCAACUAUCAGCCAAGACCCCGACAAACUUUAAGCUGCACAGCAAAGACCCGAACUGGUUGAAACCCCGGGGCGUUGAGCAGCGUAAUGCGGCCCUCAACUGGAUCCGGAUACACUUGCAGCGGAAUCGCGUCGAUGCUGCCGACGAUCAAUGGGGUCCCUCGAUCGUAUACUUCAUGGACGAUGAUAACACCUACAGCACGGAGCUGUUCGAGGAGAUCGCAAAGAUCGAACGGGGCAAGGUUGGUGUCUGGCCGGUUGGACUGGUUGGCGGAUUGAUGGUGGAGAAACCGGUGCUCAACAGGGACGGACUGGUGCUCGGCUUCAACAGUGCGUGGAAACCGGAACGUCCGUUCCCGCUCGAUAUGGCCGGGUUUGCGAUUAGCGCUGACCUGCUGCUCGAAAACCCGAAAGCCGUGUUUAGCUACGAAGUGGAGCGCGGCUAUCAGGAGAGUGAAAUUUUGCGCCAUUUCACGAUCGUGCACGAUAUGCAGCCACUGGCCAACCAAUGUCGGGACGUGCUGGUGUGGCACACACGCACCGAAAACCCCAAGCUGGAUGCGGAGAAGGCACUGCAGAAGGGUGGCAAAAAGUCCAACGACGGUAUGGAGGUGUAGUAGGUUGCGGCAGAGUAACCUUCUUCUGAAGAGGCAGCUUUUGAAACAUACGGUGAUGGUAGUGAAUAAGAUCGCAAGCUAAAAAAUCUUAUGAUAAUUUAACACUGUACAGAUACGAACCAACCAUGUGGACCAGGACCACCAGAGAUUUGUAGACUAGAACCUUAGAUAUGAGCAUGUUAGAGAGCACUGAGAGCAUCGCACUCAUUUAUGUGUAAGGUCUUUCAUCAAACUCAUCUGCACGGUAUCGCAACCGUUCUGAUUUGGCAAUAUUUAUUCAUCACGGCACGUGGUGAGAGUUUUAGAUUUA